AUGGUGGCAUGGCCGAUGCCUCGGCUGCUCACCUCAUUAGACGGAGUUAUUCUAGCCAUUGUAACCGUCAUUGGUUACUUAGUUGUAGCUGCUACCUGUGAAGAGGACGGUUUUAUCACAGACGAAUUCGUCGACUCUCAACACUUAGAAUCAGAAAUAUACUGCGGUUUCUACUUGGGUGACCGUAAUCAAAAGUUGUUGAAAGCAAAAGCUAAAGUCUUGUGGCGGCUGGAUCUCGUCGACAUCGCUUUUUGUGAUCGUGCCCUGGUCCCAUUAACUCCAGAGCAUGCACUUAGUGAAGCUAGCCCAUGCUGUAGGAAUCCCUCUUUAGAGAAUGCCAACUACCUUUAUGUCUCAACUAUGGAUGGACGGUUACAUGCACUCGACGCCAUCAACGGUGGCAGAGUAGUUUGGGUGGCUGACUUUGAUGCUGAGGCGCUUUUAUGUGGAACGCUUGGCAAAGUGCAGCCAAUGAAAGUUGAUGGCCGUCUGUUCAACCUCAUUCCUGCUUUGGACGGUACCCUUUACAUGUACUCACGUGAUGAACACCUUCUAGAGCCAAUACCUCUGGACACGGAUCUUCUCCUACAGGCGUCGAUUCGUGUUGGUCAUGACGCAGUGGCUGGAGGGCGUACAAUAUCCACUACAGGAGUGGAUCCUUUAACUGGGGAGGUGCGUUACCACUGUUCUUCUUCACAUUGCGAUUCCGUUGUAAAUGAGCCUGUAACAUCCACUCUUGUUUUUCGUCGAAGUACUAGUAAAGUUCGUGCUGUUGACGCGUUAACUGGUCACGAAAGGUGGAACUUAUCCGUGUCGGAAUAUGAUGCGACGUUGGUAACGGUGAACCGUGGCAAACUUUAUCCCAGAGGUGCCAGAAUUCGAUAUCUUGUGCAGCCUCCAGACGGAAUCGUAACAGCUUAUGAUAAUUGUGGAAAUGAGUUGUGGUCUCGCCAGCUAAAUAGUCACAUAGCGCAUACUUGGAAGUUAGAGGGCGGAGAGCUGAGCGAGGUUUCUCUUUUCAACACGAAGAAUAUACACACCUUGUCAAUAACGGACGAGCUUCAGGGGUCCAAUGCGGGUGCAAAAACCGGAUCGGAAUCGUUGUUCUACCUAGGUACUGUAGGUGAUGAGCCUUUUAUCAUGCAUUCCGCACUGGUAAAAAAAGAAAUGGUGAAAAUAGCAAAAAAUAUGGACUAUGGUGAGCCAAAUCUUCCUUCAUCAAGUGGACAGCUCGCUCGUUCGGAAACAUCGUAUUUUAUUGAGAAGGGUACCGUGGAUGAUCUGCUGUCGGCAUCGUAUAAGCGCUCAUUCAUUGCACAACAAGCGAAGAGAAACAGAAAGCAAGUUGCGAGCGGAGAAUCGCAUGAACUUCAAGUGGUUGCUUCUGAAAAAGGAAGAGAUGCAUAUGCGGUAUCAUGUCCUAAUAGUGAAGGGACGGCAUUGAUUGGUGAAAAAGACAUCAGAAGUGCUGCAUUCGAUGACCCGGAGAAUGGUAACCAGGGAUGGUUCGUACUUCGCCCAACAGGAAAAACUAAACGAACUGCGUUCUUUGAUGAUUUAUUGGAUCCCAGUCAAUGCCCUGCGAAUAUCGUAGAACGUGUGAGCAGGACGCUCAGGGUCGAUAACAUGGUGUCUGGAUGGUGGAGAGUUGUGGCUCUAGCGAUGCUUGGCCUUCUUGGAUCUGCCACAGUGAUUUUACACGCUCUACUGAGCCGACGAAGAAAAUCGCAAGCUGCGCUCGUUGAUUUUUCAUCGAGUUCCAAUACGUCCUCUUUUAAUGCCAUAAAGACGUCCAAAAGAGCAGAAACCCGUUCAACGUCAGCUGGGCCAUCUAUGGGCUCAAUGCUGUCAAACACACCAACUCCAGCUGAUCAGGUCACCCGUCAGCGCAGGACAACUUCUAGUCGGGAGAGCGGCUGUGAGCCAUUCCUCAGCAAAUUCCUUCAAGAUUUCGAGCCAGUCAAGUUGCUCGGACACGGAGGCUUCGGUGUGGUUUUCGAAGCAAGGAAUCGGCUUGAUGAGUGCCCCUAUGCCGUGAAGCGAAUAGCUGUUGCAAAUAACGAAAACGCUAUCCAGCGAGUUUUGCGUGAAGUUCGGGCUAUGGCGAAGCUGGAUCAUCCUGGUAUAAUCCGCUACUACCACACGUGGAUCGAAAGACCCCCUGAUGGUUGGCAGGAGGAAGAAGACUGCAUCAUGUUAAAAGGAAUGCAAUCACGUUUCAAGAGAAAAGUUCGGGAAGAUGGAGCGGCUGUCGAGAGCUCAUCAUUUUCGUCAGCAGUUGUUCCACUUCGUGUUUCAGAAAGCAGCCUGCGCUCGUCAGUUGAGUAA